AUGGUUGUAGCCGACAUUGAGAAUAUGUCCCGACAGAUUUGGCCGAACUUGAUCGAAACUCCUCUUCAAUGCGUUCUUUGGUUGGGGACCGAUGGAAGCGUUGUAGCGUAUGAACUGCUGACGGUGACAUAUGGCACCAAAUCAGCACCAUAUCAGGUGACUCGUACGUUGAAGCAGCUGGCAAGUGACGAACGAGAGCAGUUCCCCUUGGCUGCACCAGCAGUAGAAGAGGACGUGCAUAUGGACGACGUUAUGUCUGGAGCGGACGACGCCGAAUCUGCGGUCGAAUUGAGGCGACAAAUCGACGCAAUGAUGAACCGUGGAGGAUUCAAAUGGGCCUCCAACUGUCCCUCUGUUCUUGAAGACAUUCCGAAGGAGAAUUUGGCGCUACCGGAUUCUAAUGGGAUCGACUGGGACCAGGAUGCAGAGGUGAAAACAUUGGGUUUGACCUGGGUUCCCAACGUGGACUGUUUCAAGUUCUCGUUCACGAUACCACCACAAACGGAUGACCAGAUCCUAACGAAGCGACAAGUGCUCUGCUUCAUUGCGAAAUUGUUUGAUCCACUGAGACUGCUCGGUGCGACGAUCACAGCAGCAAAAAUGUUCAUGCAAAUGCUCUUGUGGUUGAAGGGAGAACACGGGCAAUGUCUGCAAUGGGACGACCCACUACCUGGAACGGUGGGUGAGGAAUUGCGAGCAUUUCACAAGCAAAUUCCUGCACUGAACAUGAUUCGCAUAUAA